CGGUCAUAUAUACCGACCGCGAUCUCCGUCGUUCUUUCCUUCCAACCUCCGAGAGAGAAAGUGAUCGUCGGCGAGCGGCGGCGGCGGAGAUGAAGACGAUCUUGGCGUCGGAGACGAUGGACAUCCCGGAGGGGGUGAAGGUCCGGGUAAAGGCGAAGGUGAUCGAGGUCGAGGGACCCCGGGGUAAGCUCACCCGCAACUUCAAGCACCUGAACCUCGACUUCCAGCUCACCGAAGGCGACCGGAAGCUGAAGGUUGACGCCUGGUUCGGCUCGCGGAAGACGACGGCGGCCAUCCGCACCGCUAUCAGCCACGUCCAGAACCUCAUCAACGGCGUCACCAAGGGCUUCCGCUACAAGAUGCGCUUCGUCUACGCCCACUUCCCCAUCAACGCCUCUAUCACCAACAACAGCACCAGCAUCGAGAUCCGCAACUUCCUCGGCGAGAAGAAGGUGCGGAAAGUGGAUAUGCUUGAAGGGGUGACAAUUGUUCGGUCUGAGAAAGUCAAGGAUGAGCUCGUUCUUGACGGUAAUGAUAUUGAACUUGUUUCCCGGUCUGCUGCCCUGAUCAACCAGAAAUGCCAUGUAAAAAACAAGGAUAUCAGAAAGUUUUUGGAUGGAAUCUACGUUAGUGACAAAGGAACGAUGGUUGAAGAAUAGUAGGUGAGGGGUUGAGUCAAUCUUGUAGAUGUCCUAGGUUUGUUAAAGAGAGGUCGUGCUAAAAUAUUUUUAUAGCAUGCUACAUGUAAUGGUAGAGGUUGGGCAUGGAAGCUAGAUUUCGAGAUUUUCCUUUAUUUUGAAUGAUUUGAAUCUCUCCUUCUUUUGUACUGAUGAGUUGGAACUUGGAACUAUGUUAAUUCUUCCUUGUUCAAGAUGUUUAGGUUGUUUGAGUUUAUAUUUUUUUGAUUAAGAUCCUUCGAAAA